AUGGAAGAUUCGCAGCAAACAAGUGAUGUGACUGUGAACAGGGAAAGUGCGAUGUGGGAACCAGGAUGCAAUGAUUCUCCCUCUGAAGAUAGCUGUGUGGACAAGGGUUCCCAGACCGACAAUCCUGUGUUGGACCGAAUCCGGGAACUUGAACAUCUUCUAGAAGUCGAAAAGUGCAAAACGUCUGAGCUAGAGUGCCAACUCUUAAAAAGCCAAACACAGGAGGCAUAUUGGAAAGCACGCUUCAGAGAUUUGGAAUCAGCAAAGUUGUGCCUGGAGAACAUGAAAACUUCGAAAGAUAUGCUGUAUUACACAGGCUUGCCCUCUCAAGCUCUUUUCAUGGACAUUCUUGGAUUAGUGUUGAAGCAAAGUCCCAAUCUUUCAAGAGGUGAGGCGAUAGGAACACACAGUGCUGAAGAUCAAAUGUUCAUGGUUUUAGUGCGACUGCGGACUGGGAUGCAGGCAAAAGAGAUAUCCAGGAACUUUUCAGUGCCCAUGGCUACCUUCAGCCGCAUUUUUUCCAAGUGGGUCCUGGCCUUGAAAAAUGUACUUUUGACAGUGACUAGGUUUCCAAGUCUCAGUGAGGUACAGCGGCAUCUUCCGCCUCAUUUCAGACAGUACCCAAACACUCGUAUUGUUAUUGACACAACAGAAGUUCGUAUUCAAAAACCAUCAAGCCAUAAUGCCCAAAAGCAGACUUUUUCAAAUUAUAAGCAUGCAAAUACGAUGAAGUGUCUGGUAGGAGCAACGCCAGACUGUUAUGUAAGCUUUGUGUCCACCUUAUAUGGUGGAGGAACAAGUGACAGGGCCAUUGUGCAGCAAUCAGCUAUGCUUGACCUCUUGGAACCAGGGGAUGCAGUUAUGGCGGACAAGGGCUUUAAAAUUGAUGACUUGCUUCCUCGUGAUGUUGUAAUCCAUAUGCCUCCUUUCCGCAAUGCAGGUGAAGCCCAAAUGAGCGCGAGAGACGUUGAGGCAACAAAGCACAUUGCAUGUGCGAGAGUGCACAUUGAAAGAGUUAUUCGGAGAAUCAAGGAGUUCCAGGAGUCCAUAUAUUGGACAGACCUUUCCCCAUAA